AGAAGCAUCAUUCGCAAGCCAAACUCAAACCGCGAACUCCUCUCGAGCGCUCUAUCAUAUCCCUUGCGAUCCAGCGUGAAACCGUGCAGCGUAGUGCAGCGAAGAUGAAACAGUUUGUGGUGUUUGCUAGUGUGUGCUGUGUCCUGCUGGCAGGACGCGUUGUGUUGACGGCCCCCGCGCCCCAGCAGGGCGGUGCGCCGGCCGGCCAGAACCCGAACGAUGUGCAAACGGUGCGAUAUUACAGCGAAAACAAUGGACUGGAUGGUUACAAGUUUACCUACGAGCUUAGCGAUGGGCAGAUCCGAUCGGAAGUCGGCACCUACCGGGAUGUGAAGGACGCCGAGGGCAAGGACGUGAAGGCGCUGUUCGUGCAGGGCUCGUACUCGUUCGUCGGUCCGGACGGCCAGACGUACUGGGUGAACUACACCGCCGACGAGAACGGUUACCAUCCGAAGGUCGGCACCGGGCCAACGGGUGGAAUUCAAGCGGGCCAGGACGCGCCAGUGGCCAGCGCCUAGAGAGGACAGAAGCGACAGUCGGGUGAAGUUCAAGCGAUUGAACUGCGCCCAGAAAUGCUCAGUACACUCUGCUCAGUGCGUUAGAUGUCUGGCAGGAAGGAUAUCUACAAACGAGAUACACUUACCACACACCACACAACUCCUGCAAAUACAGAUACACAGAAAGAAUCCACAAUUACACAAACAAACACAGCAACCCUCGCGUGCGCGUCAGCAUGCAAAGUCAGUGGCAUUCUAUUUCGCUAGGCUUAAGGAUAGUCGAUGUAAAUAACGAUGCUUUUUUGUGUGCUUCUUGGUGUGACACUUUCAAGGAGGCUGCAAUAAACGAAGAAGCGUAGGAAAAUCUAAA